CCGCGGCCACAGUUCACUUAGUACUUGCCCGCCAAUAAAUUCGAGCAUCCUCCGAUGGCCUCCUGUUCCUGUUUGGUCGCUGUCAUUUCUUCUCCCCCCACUCCAUUUCGUGAUGAGGGGAAACGAGCGAACCACUUCAGCCCAACUAAAACAUAUCGAUUGACCUUUCGAGGGCUGGAACACCCCCCUAUUGGUGAGCAGCCACAGGAUGUCUCCACAAAGGGGGCCGCGCGGAAGGAAUCUUUUCGUGACGUCCAGCUUCAACUCCUUUUGCCUGCGCAGGAUAGUUUCACCGCGAAGCCGCGGCUCCCAGGUUAGCUAAUAGUGAUUGAGGCGCGUGAUCGCAAGGAGGUGGGUGCAAUUGCGCAGUGCUAUGUCACACCAGGCACAGCAUGCUUCUCCAAGACGCAGAGCAGUUAGUACAACGUCAGCAUCCUCUAUGCAAGGCCAAUCGACGGCAAGUCUCGCGGCCGCGGCGCUCGCGGCCGUGGAAGAGGAGCAUCGUCGAUUAAUCGGCGACUUUUUUACGCCCGCGUCGACAGGGCAGCCAUCCGGCAACAUUCCGGCGUCCGUGGACCCAGCUGCGGUGUGUGGCUCGGCAGCAGAAUUGGUUCCGGAGCUGUGCGGAACGCCUUUCACGGCGGUCUCUGGAAUGGGGAGCCACAGUCAGUCUAUCCCUGGGUUCGCGAUCGGUUCCGGGUUCCACAUGUCCGACCUUUCCCGUGCGGCUGAUGCGGCUUCGGAGCACGGAUCCUUUAACGCGACGCUGCCAUCUGCCUUGGCGGCUCCUUCAAAUCGCUUGCCUAUAUUGCAACCACUAACGCGCCUCGGAAUGGGUGAGAAGUCAGCACUCAUGCAUUCCAACCAUGGCGUUGCCGGAAUCCCUCAUACCAGUAAUAAUCCCAAUAAUGCUGCCGCCGCAGCCGUGGGGAGUUUGGCAGCAGCAGGUGCGACGUCAAGUAGCGCAUCUUCCCUGGACUCCUUCUCUCGUUUCAUAACAACCGCCGGCCUCCCCUUCGCGUGCAACAGCCCCCCUCAGCUACCCCCAAGGGCGGUGACGGCAAUUCACGCGGCCAGUGCCGCCCAAACCGUGCGCCCAAGGCUGGAACAGCAUGGCAUACCCGGUAGUCCAAGCUCCAGUUUUCCAGCGGCGGCUGGCUUUUUGGAGAUGGGCCGCGGCGGAGGCAAUUCUGGAGUUCAGCCCGAUCACCGACUGGGUGCGGGCGCUGCUGUGGCAGGCCGGCGGUCGCACGCGCUGACAGGCCCUGUCAUGGGCGCGCACGCGCAAGCGCCAGCGUCGGACGGGUUGGCGGUGGAAGGCAGAGGCGAAAGGGGCGUAGGAGCUAUCCCCGGCAUGGAUUCCACGGCGAAUGUCGCCGCGCAAGAGCUGCACUUAGCUCCAAUCGGCAGGGCGAUUGGAGGCGUGGGAGAAUGGGUGAUGGCGGCAGGAGGCGGCGCGAUGGCGCAGGGCAUGGCAGCAUGCCGCAUGCCGCUGGCAGGAGGGGAGCAGGCGCGGUCGCGCGGUUUGGCGUCAUGCUCAUCGGCGUGGGGGCCUAGGGCCGACAAGGCAGCGGCGACGACAGCGGUGGAGCAUCAUCCCAUGGCGCAGGCGGGGCAGGAGGCGCUGGUGCAGCAGCUGUGGAUGCAGCAGCUGGGGCUGCGCGAGGAGCGCGAGAAAGCUCUGGCAAAGAACGGAGCGGUCAGUGGCCUGGACAAGGGCGCAGAGCAGGACGCGUGGGCGGCAGCAAUGGUGGCAGGCGGACGUGAGCAGGGAGAGGCGGCGCGAGGGCAGGUGGAUGCGGCAGGUGUGUCGCGGAACGACAAGGAGCACUUGGCGCAGCAGAUGAUGGCGCUGCAAGCUCUGCUCGCCGCUGGUGACUACUCCGCACUGGCACAGGGGGGAGGCGAGGGGCAGCAGCAGCCACUCGCACAGCAGCAGGCGCAGCAGGCGCAGGCGCAACAUAAGCAAGGGCAGCAGAGCCCACAAGGAGUGAGUCAACAGCAGUCAAGCCAGCAUCGGAAGGCCCAGGAUGAUGGGGUGCCAGACAGCCGAGGAUUGCAGGUGGGUGCAUGGCAGCACGCCUCUCCCCAAGUCCGCCACCCCCAUGGCUCCCAUGCCCAUGGGUCCUUAGUAUUGCCGCCCGCCUCCAUGCGCCCUACGCCAUGCACGCCAUCUGCUGCUGUGCAGGAGACGUUUACCGAUCAUCCAAGCAACAUGUCCACGUGGCAUGAUCUCAUUCGUGCGCAACCCUACCCUCCUCCGAACCCCACUGCUGCCCUCGACACAAUGCAGCAGGGCAACUGGAGCGCCAAGAGCCCUGGAGGGCUUGUGGCGGCGAUUGGCGGGCAGAGUGGUGUGCAUGUGGGGGCGGAGGCACUCGCAGCACAAGAAAAUAGUGCGCUGGGAGAAGUGUCGUGGCGGAAUGGCAGCGCAUCCAGUGAACGCGAUGGGGGCGUGCGGGUGCACCGUGCAGGGACUGCGAUGGGGACAGGAGACGGGGAGCAAGGGCAGGACGAAAAAGCAGACGGGGGCGGUAUGGCGGAGGCGGGCAUGGAGGAUGUCGCAUGGAUGGAUGCGGCCUCAGGCAGGCCAGCAGGGGGCAGCAUGGGUGGUGCGCAAGGUGGCAGUGUGGCAGCAGGGGACACGGACGUGGCAGGGGGGAACAGCGACGACCUCACUCUGGAAUGGAGCAGGCGGAUGAGGAGGAUGAAGAGCAACCGCGAGUCGGCCAAGAGGGCGCGCGUCAAGCGCCAGCGUCGACUGCACGAGCUGGAGGUCCUGACUUCAUCGUUGCAGCGGGAGAACGCUGAACUGAGUAAGCAAGUGGUGGUGCUGAGUCAGCAAGUGCAGCAGGGCGAGGAGCAGAAGGAGAAGCUGGAGAAGGAGGUGGCAGCGCUGCGCGCAUGUGCCCUGGCCAUAGGCAGUGGGGGGGGCGCUGCCACCACUCCCAUCACGCCCACCACUCCCAGCACGCACAGCACACUCUCCACGCACACAGCUCAGAAUCCGUUCACCCUGCCCCCAACCGGCCGUGCACAUGCCGCACACGGUGUGCCUCAAGGAGGCGGCCAUGGCAUGCCAGUGCCCGCUGCUGCUGCAGCCACCAGCGUUGUUGGUAACUUGGGUGGGGAUGAAGGGGUUGAGGGGGUUGCUGCUGACGGUGCAGAGCUGCCUGCAUCUUUAGAUGAAAACCUUGCAGAUAGCUUUGUGUGAAGUGGUGGUAGUAGCAGUGACAUGCUGGUUGGUGUUGUCUAUAUGUGCCAAACACUAACAGGUUGAUAGUGCUGUUCAGACACCGUUCCAGGCAGUUUCUCACGGAAACAGUAGUAUUGUUUCAACUACCCGUAUUUGCCUGUAUAUAGCACUACGUGGUCUCAUCGUUUUAGGAGCAAUUUAGGGGUGUUGCUUAUAACUGAGUAAAUAAAUAAAACACAC